ACAAACUCCACCUCCUUUACGUUGGUGCCUGGUCGGAGCUUCCUGGGCGCUGAGUGUCUGUGCUUCUUCUCCCUCCGGUUUCCGUCAGUGGUCGUAAGGCAAGGAAACAGCUAAUUAACCGGCAAUAUACAAAUAAAGACAACGAUGUUUACCCUUUCGGAGCUUAUUGUCCUUCUAGCUGUCUUCUCCGCCACAGCCUCUGGCUACUUCGUCAGCAUAGACGCUCACGCCGAGGAGUGCUUCUUCGAACGGGUCAACUCAGGCACUAAGAUGGGCCUCAUGUUUGAAGUUGCCGAAGGAGGUUUCCUGGAUAUCGAUGUGGAGAUUACAGGGCCUGACGGGAAGCAGAUUUAUAAAGGAGACAGAGAAUCUAGUGGGAAGUACUCAGUGGCAGCACACAUGGAUGGAACCUACAAGUUCUGCUUCAGCAAUAAGAUGUCUACCAUGACUCCCAAGAUCGUCAUGUUCACCAUCGACAUUGGCGAGGCCCCCAAGGGUCAGGACAUGGAAACUGAAGCCCACCAGAACAAGCUGGAGGAGAUGAUCAAUGAGCUGGCGGUGGCCAUGACGGCGGUCAAGCACGAGCAGGAGUACAUGGAGGUCCGGGAAAGGAUACACAGAGCGAUCAACGACAACACGAACAGCAGGGUGGUGCUCUGGUCUUUCUUUGAAGCUUUGGUUCUUGUUGCCAUGACUCUGGGACAGAUUUACUACCUGAAGAGGUUUUUCGAAGUGCGGAGAGUGGUCUAAGAUGACACAUUCCAUUUUUUUUUCCCCAAAGCGUUCCACCAUUUGCAGUACCGAAACAGUUAGUCGCACCAUUUACUUCAAGAUUGGAAAUGUGACUUCACUAGACUUCUGAAAAGCCUUUGAAUACAUAUUCCGUUUUCCCCAUUGUCUGUAUUCAAUGCCCUCUUCGUUUUCUUAUUUUGUUUUGUCUAUUUCUUGAUGUAGCUGUUACCAUUGUACAUUUUUUUGUAACCUUUGCCUUUAAAUGACUACAAAAAAAAAAUCUUAGAACUGAGGUCAAGGUUAUCUUAGCUUUUGAGUUUUCAAGCUUGAGUCCUCUAUAGUGUUGAGGACACUAGUAAUUUAUUUGGUUUUAAUCUUGAAAGGUUAUAAGUUAAUUUAAUGCAGUUGGAACAACUGUGACGACAAACAUGAAACAAUGAAGUCGGCUUUCUUUGACCCUGCUUGUAAUUGACAGGUAUCAGUUGGUCAGUCACAGUGAAGAGGCUUUAAUAUGGGAUUGGGAUGGGGAAGGGGAGGUGGGGUAUUCACUGCUGUAAAUUACAUGUCAAUUAAAUGUCAGAGGGCCUCCAUUUGGCAAAUUUCUUGGUUUAAAAUGGUCCAAAAUGAAAAUUCCUUCAUUUUAAUGUACUGAGUACGUUCUGAUACAUGCUGAUAACAAUACAUUACAACACAGAUGAAUUGUACGAUUGACACCCACUGCCCAUUAGAUAGGCCUGAACAUUGCAUUGGUUUGACAUAUUUGUGUCCGGUGGCCACUCUGGAAAGAUGCCCAGAUGUUCAGGGAAACAGCCACAGUGUGAAUUCCACUGUCUACUGCUCUCAUGGGGUUGUCCUAGGACAUCUGUGUCAUCUUUGUUCACAUCCAGGGCACAUUUGAGAAUUUGAGAAUGUUUCUGUUUGUUGGGUGGGAAACCUUUUAAUUUCCCUUUUAUUAAUCUUGGGAUAAAUUAUAGUUUCAGGGUACGGGUGUGGAUCAAGACAAUGUUGUGAUUGGUGUAAAAUAGUUGCUUGUAUUUUUUUGUUUAACUGAAAUUGAGGGAAGAAAGCAUUUUAUUUGUUGGCAACACUAUUUUGUACAUUUAAUUUCCUGGUCAGAGUGUAUAUUCAUUAUCAAGAGGAAUAUUGUUACUUUUGGGAAUUGGGGGCUACCAGAGACAUGAAAUUGGCUGGGACAGCGGCUGCUUCGCUGUCUUAGUAAUUCUGUGCGACACCGGACAGCUCAGAUGAAACUGUAAAGAUGUACAAUUAAAAAUGCUGAUGUUUGUCAAAUAUGACCCAGGUUUAGUAAAUAAUAAACAACAUUCUUAAAAA